UAAUUUAAAGCAUUACUAAACCUUCUGGCAAUGACAGUGGAUAUCGUGAUUAAUUAAUUCUUUCCAACUAACUUUUCUCGAAGUUUGGAUGAUUUAAUAUUUUUGUUAUAAUAUUUGUAGUGUUAUAAAGUUAUCAAAAUGGAUGUUGUACCGGUCCAGACUAGUUCAUCUUAUUUUUCUACAGGGAUGUUUUAUCCUUUAUUUCUAAUUAUUGGUAGCCUUUGGGCUAUUCAUUGGUACUUGGAAAAUUUACGAAUGGUGAAGAUGGGGAAAAAAUUACCAGGUCCCAAGACCGUUCCAUUCUUUGGAAAUGCAUUAAUAGCUCUUAACGUACAUCCCAAAGAUAUCUUAAAUACGCUUUAUAAAUAUAUACAUCAUGGUAGAGUAAUAAGAGCUUUUCUCGGUCCAAAACUUGUCGUUUUUCUCAUGGACCCAAAUGAUGUUGAAGUGAUUCUGAGUAGUUCUGUUCAUAUUGAUAAAUCACCAGAGUACAGGUUUUUCAAACCUUGGCUUGGCGAAGGUCUAUUAAUUAGCACUGGAGAAAAAUGGAGGACUCACCGAAAAAUAAUUGCUCCAACAUUCCACUUAAAUGUUCUCAAGACUUUUGUGCCAUUAUUUUAUGAAAAUAGUAUUGAUUUAGUAAAACGACUUAAAUCAGAAGUUGGAAAAAAUUUUGAUUGUCACGAUUAUUUAUCAGCAGUGACCGUUGAUAUUUUAAUAAAUACAGCAAUGGGAGUUCGUGGAGAACGUAAAGAAAAGACUGGAUUUGAUUAUGCUAUGGCUGUUAUGAAGUUGUGUAACAUUGUUCAUCAAAGGACAUACAAUAUUUUGUUGCGACCAGAUCAAUUAUUCAAAUUUUCAAAGUAUGCAACCAAGCAGGAAAAACUUUUAGAUACUAUUCAUGGACUCACUGGUGGUGUAAUUAAAAGAAAGCAGAAAGAGUAUGAAGAGAAAGGUGAACUUGCAUAUCCUGAAGAAUUCCGUAAGGGUACGACUUACACUAAAGGAGAAAUGGAAAAAAUAAAUGAAAGUAAAAUGAGGUACGCCAGAGAUGAUCUUGAUGAGAUUGACGAGAAUGAUGUUGGUGAAAAGAGACGUCUCGCUUUCCUUGACCUUCUACUCGAACUCAACCGCAAUGGAUCUACUUUAACAGAAGAAGAAGUCAGGGAAGAAGUAGAUACAAUUAUGUUUGAAGGACAUGAUACCACAGCUGCUGGAUCCAGCUUUGCUUUAUGUGUCUUAGGAAUCCAUCAAGACAUUCAGGAUCGUGUAUAUGAAGAAAUAAAUAGUAUUUUCAAAGGAUCAAAUCGGCCAUGUACGUUCCAAGAUACACUAGAGAUGAAAUAUCUAGAGCGUGUAAUCAUGGAGACUUUGAGGAUGUUCCCACCAGUACCAGCGAUCGCUCGACAAUUGAAUGAAGACGUUCAAAUUGUGACUGGCAAUUAUGUAUUACCUCGUGGAACCACGGUUCUUAUCCCUCCUUUCCAGAUUCAUCGACUCGAAGAGUACUACCCAAAUCCCGAAGUAUUUGACCCAGACAGAUUUUUACCCGAUGUUACUCAAAAUCGUCACUAUUACGCUUAUAUUCCGUUUAGUGCUGGACCAAGGUCAUGCGUUGGAAGGAAAUAUGCAAUGCUUAAGUUGAAAGUUUUAAUUUCUACAAUACUUCGAAAUUACAAAAUUCUUUCUGAUUUAACAGAGAAAGACUUCCAGCUUCAGCUGGACAUUAUUUUAAAAAGAACAGAUGGUUUUAAAAUUAAGAUUGAACCUCGUGAAAAAACUACUGUUAGUGCAUAAACUCAGAGAAUUCAAAUAAAUCAAUCAUAUCAUUCA